AUGAUCAAAUUUAUAUUACUAGUUAAUAAACAAGGGCAAACUCGCCUUAGUCAAUAUUAUGAAUAUUUAACAAUAGAACAACGUACAAUAUUGGAAGGACAACUAAUUAGGAAGUGUCUCUCAAUUGGAGAAAGUCAUUCCCCCUUUAUAGAAUUUGAUAAUUAUAAGAUUAUAUUUAGACGUUAUGCAUCUCUCUAUUUUAUAUUGGGUAUUUAUAACUGCGAAAGUAAUGAAUUAGCAUAUUUGGAACUAAUACACUUUGUUGUUGAAACAUUAGAUAAAUACUUUGAAAAUGUGUGCGAAUUGGAUAUAAUGUUUAAUUUAGACAAGGCUCAUAUUAUUAUUGACGAAAUAAUUAUGAAUGGAUUAAUAGCAGAAACAAACAAAGCUAAUGUAAUGCAAUAUAUGAAUCUAAUUGAGAAAGCAGCCUCUGCACCUAAAGAUAAUAUCACAUCAAUGAAUUUAGAUAUAAGAAAAUAA